AUGGCAGUCAAUGCCAGAAACCUUAGCGGCGGUAUCUCGUUCUUCGACUUGUGUGGAGAGCUACGCAACGCCAUCUACGAGGAAUUCAUCAAUCUCAAGCCGACAAUGAUCGAAGCUGCCAACCUAGCCUGCAUCCACAAGCAGAUUCACUCUGAGUUCGGGAUGUUAUUCAUUCUUCGGGGUAAUGUCAGGCUCAAACUUGAGGAUAUCUACAAGGGUUCACAUCACUUCUUCGUUCGCUACCCCAGCUCAGCUCUGGAGGAUGUGCAUUGCGUCAUCGAUGUGGUGGCCCCCUUCUUUCCAAGUCACUCAAUCAAUGUGCUUGCAGUCGUUUCGGUCCUACAUAGGUACCCCCUACUUAGGAUCGUAUGGCUCAACAGGUGUGAACCCGAUGACGACGGUGAAUGGCACCAUGAAGAUCUUGCCUCUGUCGUGAUGAGUAUGGUUGCCCGUCAUUCUGAGGAGCCGAUUUCUGUCAAGCUUUCUCAUGAAGAGUUUCACACAAUGCUCGAGCUUUCCAUCGUUCUAGAAAAGGGAGUAUCUAAACAGACUAUCCAGGACUGGAAGCAUGAUUGGAAGUCUGCUUACAGCUGGGGGACAUCGAUGUUACGGUCCGUGAGCAAGAUCUUGAGGAUUCGGAGGAUAAGCAAGUUGUAA